UUGGCUGUUGGCGGAGGAGGGGCGUGACCGCCGGCAGAGCGGCGGCCAAUGGGCAGCGGGCGCCGCAGCGCCGGGCUGGCGAUGGUGGAGGACGGAGGGCGCGGCGAGGCGGGCAGCGCAGCAUGGCGGGGUUCCGGAUCCGGCCGUACCGCGACGAGGACUACGAGGCUGCGCGGGAGGUUUUCGCCACCGCCAUGAGCGAAUACGCGCCGGCGCUGUGCCUGCACGUCCUGCGGCAGCCCUGGGUGCUGCUGGUGCUGGGCUGCGUCUUCUGCCUGCUGCUGGCCAGCGCCCGCUCCCUGCUGCUGCCCGUGCUGGCGCUGACGCUGCUGCUGGCGCUGGGCCGCCAGGCGUUGGGCCGCGCGUGGCGCGCCUACAUCGAGCGCUGCCUGGCGGCCGACCUGAGCGACAUCCGCGGCGCCUACAUGGACGAACCCGGCGCCCGCUUCUGGGUGGCGGAGGCGGACGGCCGCGUGGUCGGCACGGUGGGCGUCCGGCCGGCGGGGGAGGCCGGGCUGCUGGCGCUGAAGCGGAUGGCGGUGCGCAAGGAUCACCGCGGCCGGGGCGUCGCGACGGCGCUGGGACGAGCGGCGUUGGGCUUCGCGCGGCAGCAGCGCGGCUGCAGGGCCGUGGUGCUCAACACCAUCAUGCUGCAGCACGAGGCGAGAGCCCUCUGCGAACGCCUGGGGUUCCGCCGGCAGAGCCGCUACGUCCUGCCCACCGCCUACGGCCGCCUGGCCAACUGCACCGUCACCACCUACCGCUACGAGCUGCCCUGAGCGGCUGCCGGUGCGGCGCCGUGGCGAGGAGGGAGCUCCGUGCCCAAAACGCGCCGGUGGUGCUUCGCGGCGAUGCGGGGACGGCCGUGCCGUGCGGCUGACGCUGCCCCGAUCCCGCGAGGCUGAGCCGUGCUGGUGACGCCCUUGGGGACGCGGGGAUCCCUGUGCCGUGAGGAUGAGCCGUGUGGACGGAGCCCGGCAGGAAUCCCCGUCCCGUUUGGCUGAGCCAUACGAACUGCCCAUGGGAUCCUCAAGCCGUGUGGACGGUGCCCCGUGAUCCUCACUGUGCACGGCUGAGUCACGCUGGCUGGCAAUGCCCCGUGGGGGCGCGGGGACCCUCGUGGUGCCAGGCUGGGGCCGUGCCCCCCUCCCCACCCCCAGCUCCUCGCUGCUCCUCAGCUCAGGGGGGGCCUCAGCCUCCCUGGGGAACCACGACACCACCACGCCCCCCAGCUGAGCGGGGACCCAAACAGGGACCCCCGGCCGUGUCCCCUCGACGUGUAGAUUCGCGCCUGCCCCCCUUAACGCUGCAGUAAUUAAAGAGCAUCGGAGCGCUGCC